UCGAUCGGAGCAGCCACUACUUCCAUCGCCAUCGCUCUCGCACCACCCCCACGCCACCCACCACCACGAUCCAAGCUCGGAACGAUCGGCGACAUGUGGGAAGGAGGCGUCCACGGGAGCCACCACGAGGCCGCGGCGCGCCUGCUGCCUCCCUGGUUCGGAGGCCCCGCCGCGUUCGCCGAGCCGGUCGGCGCGGGGGGCGGGGGCAGCUUCGGCCUCGCCGGUUCCGGCGGCUACGCGUGCGACGUCGUCGGGCAAGGCGGCGGGAUGUUCGGGUUCGGGUUCGAGGCGGCGGUGGCUGCGGCUCAGCAGCAGCAUCAGCAACAGCAACGCGCAGCGGAGGCGGCUGCGGCGGCCGGGAGCAGCAAGGCGGUGGUGUCCGGGCUGCUCGGGAGCCUGCAGGCGGAGCUCGGGCGGAUGAACGCCGCCGGGGAGAUCAUGGACGCCAAGGCGCUGGCGGCCUCGCGGAGCCACAGCGAGGCCGAGCGCCGGCGCCGGCAGCGGAUCAACGGCCACCUCGCCAGACUCCGCAGCCUCCUCCCCAACACCACCAAGACGGACAAGGCGUCGCUGCUGGCCGAGGUGCUGGAGCACGUCAAGGAGCUGAAGCGGCAGACGUCGGCGAUGGCGGCAACCGCCGUUGAAGACGAGCACGCCGCCAGGCCGGCGCAGAUGCUACCCACGGAGGCCGACGAGCUGUGCGUCGACGCUGCGGAGGACAGCGAGGGGCGGCUCGUGGUGCGGGCCUCCCUGUGCUGCGAGGACCGGCCGGACCUCAUCCCGGACAUCAUCCGGGCGCUCUCCGCGCUCCGGCUGCACGCGCACCGGGCGGAGAUCACCACGCUUGGCGGGCGCGUCCGGAGCGUGCUGCUCAUCACCCAGGACGAUCGUGAGGGCGAGGGCGGAGAUGAGGACGCCUACGACGACGAGUGCGCAGCCUCUCACAGGAGGCACGAGAGCAUCGCGUCCGUCCAGGAGGCUCUGCGCGGCGUCAUGGACCGCAGGGCGGCGUGCAGCAACGACACCUCGUCGUCUGGCGGCGGCGGCGGGAGCAUCAAGCGGCAGCGCAUGAACUACGGGUCGGCGCAAGAGCAGUGCUCCGUCUAGCGUGACUGUCGGCAUGCACUAGUUAAUUCAAGUCGCGAGAUAUUGCAUGCAUUGCUCGUGCAACUUACCAAUUAGCAUAGCUAGCUGAAGUUUUAGCCACUGCAAGCUUUGGGGUGUGGGUAUAAUGGUAAUGGUGUGCAUGAUCAGGGAAAGCUCUGAAAUUCCA